AUGACCGAAAAGAAAUCCAAAGACGACGGUACUCCAUUUGGAACAAUCCACCAAGCCGCCUCACGCGGUCGCAUUGAGACGAUAAAGGUGUUACUAGAAAGCGGAGCCGAUCCCGACGAAGUGGAUGAACGUGGAUGGGGGCCGCUUCACUUUGCCGCCGAUAAGGGCCACUGGAAUAUCGCGAGGCUUCUGUUGGAGAAAGGUGCAAGUCCCGGCUUGAUCAAUGGGAGCUGUAUGACACCACUUGACUAUGCGGUUUCCGGGGGAUAUCUGGAAAUUGUUCGACUACUUCUCGAAUGCGAUGCUUUAUUAGCGGACCGCUUCACUGGGAAAAGCACCCACCCACUCCUUGUUGCAACUACGCGUGAAGAUAUACCUAUGAUCCAGCUUCUCCUGGGCGCAAAGGUUCGCACAACUGUCAGCGAUAUGCAUGGCCGAACACCUGUCCAUUUGGCCGUCAAGCAAGGCAAUCUGGAUAUUUGCAGACUUCUCGUCGAGCAUGACGCGCAGCACCCGCCUUCGGGCCUGAGUCGAAUUUUUGCCAGCAAACCAGCCGCAUCGAGAAAAGACUCCAGUGAUCACUUCCCCCUUUUCUACGCCGUGGAGAGUGGAAAUUGCCCGAUGGCCAAGCUAUUACUGAGUACUUCUGUGGCCUCUCCAAAGGCGUGUGAUUGGCACAAAAAACGGAUCUUUCACCAGGCUGUCAAGUCUGGCAAUCUGCAGAUGGUCGAAAUAUUUCUGAAAAAUGGGGCCCCAGUCAAUCUCAAAGGUCAGGAUAGUACAAGCGCUCUUCAUAUUGCGGCGUACGAAGGCGAUGUGAAGAUGACAAGACUCCUCCUGGAGUGGGGGGCCUCCACCACCAAGAAGGACGGUGGGCUUUCGACUCCGGAACAAGUCUCACGGAAUGCGGAAGUGACUAUGAUCUUGAAGAAUCACAACACGAAACCUGGUGGCUCAAAAGUGAGUAACCAGAAGUCGAAGCACUCUACCAAAGCGGUCUCUGCGCCUCCACCAGAAUAUUCGGCUUCCCCUCCGAGUAUGAUAUCAAAGUCGAAGAGUUAA